AUGCAACUCCUCGCACAGUUCUUGCAGCUACGAUAUGAGCUCAUCGGAAACCUCACAUCGUGGGUAAACAAUACUUAUUAUAUACCACCUGAGGCAAUGGCCUCGGUCAUGGAACAAGCGAUUCAAGAUAUCGGAAUGUAUCAAGCAUCUUUAGGGGAUAGCUACUUUUAUGUCAAGUGCAACGAGAUCAAGCAAAUGCUGUCCUAUGCAAGCUAUGAGCUUCGGAGGCAGCGGAGACUGACUCGUGAUAUUACACGGGCCAUGGACGGUGCGGUUGCUGGACUUCGACAAAUUCAAAUCAGUUGA